AUGGUGAAUAUCUGCGAGACAUGGUACUGGACGGAAUGUGAGGAGAAGUCGUGUUGUGAGAGCUACAAAUUUCGAAUGCUCAUUCUCCUCUUCACCGCCCUAAUUUUCCUGGCCGCCGUCCUGACGACAGUCGUUUGGAUGCUGUUUGAGAUGCGACCCGCGCGGAGACAAAAGUGGCGUGACGAUGCGACGCGAUUGCGGAAGCACGACGAGACCGACGACAAGAUUGCCCGCCAGAGCUUCGAGGAGACGAAAUAUUUGCGAAGAUACUCCGAGUUGAACCCUCAAGCGACGCGGCGGCACUCGUUCAAUGAAGAAGAGGAU